UUACCGAGAUAUUUUAGCUGAUUUAAGUAGAUUGAAGUUUUUAUUCCUCUUCCCAGGUGAUCGUUGUUGUGGACAACAGCUUUUUGACUUCUUAUUUUCAAAGACCACUGGAAUUAGGUGCCGAUAUCGUAAUGUAUUCUUUAACAAAAUUUAUGAAUGGUCAUUCUGAUCUUUUGAUGGGAGCUGCCGUAACGAACAAUAAGAAUAUCUUUACUCGGAUGCAACGCUUUCAGAUGAGAUUGGGAAUUAUUCCAAGUUCCUUUGACUGUUUCCUGGUACACCGGAGUCUCAAGACUUUAGGCGUACGAAUGCAGAAACAUCAUGAGAAUUCGCUACGUGUGGCAAAAUUCCUACAGAAGCAUCCAUGCAUCGAGAAAGUAAUUCAUCCGGCCCUACCCGAUCAUCCACAGUACACCCUGACACUGAGGCAAACGUAUGGACACAGCGGUAUAAUGGCUUUCUACUUGAAGGGUGGAAUUGAUGAAGUUAGGGAAUUUGCCAAAAAAUUGAAAUACAUAGCAAUCGCUAAGUCUUUCGGAAGCUUCAUGUCCACCAUUGUAUUUCCAUAUUCGAUGAUGUACGAGCGAUUCACUCGAGAAGAAAAAAUCAAUCGGGGCAUUACAGAAAAUUUUGCCCGUUUCUCUGUCGGCAUUGAGGAUGCCGAAGUUCUCAUCAAUGAUUUAGAUCAGGCUCUGAGUACACUUCUUACAUCUCCUGUCAGUAAGCUGUAGACAUCAGAAAGUUCUAUUGGCACUUGCUCGUGAAAUAUGUAUUACAA